ACUCUGAUAGAGAAAAAAAAUAGUGCAGUGCUGUGCAGUGGCUGAUUUUUUUUCUGCUCAACUUCCAAAUUGCUGAAAAAAUAGAUCAAAAUUAUUUCCAGCAGUGAAGAAAAAUGCAAUUAUAAGAGUAGGUCCAGCAAAGAACAAAAACACAGCGCCAUGGAAUUGUCGCACAGUCUCACGCUGAACGAGGAGGCCCUCAAUCAGAUUCCGGAGCAGAAACGUCCGGUGUUCAUCUUCGAGUGGUUGCGCUUCCUGGACAAGGUGCUGGUGGCCGCCCAGAAGUCCGACAUCAAGGGCUGCCAGAAGAAGCUGGUCGAGCAGCUGACCCAGCACAUCCAAGGAUCUCCCGGUCCGCCGACACGGAAGUUGAUAGCCCGCUGUUUGGCCACUUUGUUCUCCGUGGGGGAUACUUUUCUGUUGUUCGAAACGGUGAACAAGUGCAAUGAUAUUUUAAAGAACAAGGAUGAUUCCCCGAGCUAUCUGUCUACUCGAUUGGCCGCAAUCUGCGUUGUCGGGUGUAUGUACGAAAAACUGGGCCGAAUGAUGGGGAGGUCGUACGAGGAAACGGUGCAGAUCUUGAUCAAAUCGCUGAAGAAUGCGGAAUCGCAGGUGCGAAUCGAAAUAAUGCUUACUCUGGAGAAAGUUUGCGCUGGAAUGGGCUCGGCUAUUUCCAACGUGCACAAAGACGUCUAUAAAGCGGUGCGCUACUGCCUGACUGAUCGCGUUAUGGCCGUACGGGUUGCAGCCUCUAAUUGUCUGUUGGAAAUGACCAAACAUGCACCGUUCUUGUACACCACGGAACUGGAAAGCCUGGCAUCGCUGUGCUUCCGUGCAUUCGAUAGCUGCAACUACGAGGUGAGAUGUGCCGUUGCGAAGCUACUGGGAACGCUGAUCGCGUGCACCCAGAACGGAAGUCUAAGGAACUUCAACAGCAUGACCUCGUCGGCUUCCAGUGCGAAAUCGAUCCGCUCCAUUUCGCUGGAUGAAGCCCUGGGUGUUCUGAUGGCUGGAUUCCUCCGAGGGGGUGUAUCCUUCCUCAAAGGUACCGGAGAAAUUAUCAAGGGAAGCUCCGGGGUCAAUCGGGAAGUUCGUGUCGGCGUUACCCAUGCAUAUGUCGUUUUCGUGCAAACAAUGGGAGGUCUGUGGCUGGAAAGAAACAUGCAAACGUUCCUGGCACAUGUCUUGGACUUGGUGGCCAAUCCGAAGGCCGCCUCCUCUCACGUGGACGCAGUAUACUCAAGAAAAUGCAUCAACUUCAUCCUACGAUCGGUCAUUGGUAAAAUGCUCGGAGAAAAAGCCCAAUCCUCUGCAUGCAAAGAACUGAUCCACAUAAUAGCGAAACAAAUGAACUCCAUCGAUUUCAACCCAGAAAACGCCAAGGAUUCCAACCAGGAAACGCUCUUCAGUCAGCAUUUGUUGGUCUGUGCUCUGCAGGAGCUCGGCAGCUUAGUCCUCCUCCUGGGAACCACUGCCCAAAAUCUCCUCACCGAUCAAUCACUAAACUUCAUCGACGCUACCUGUGCUGUCCUGAUCCAUCCCUGCAUGGCAGCGCGACUGGCCGCUGCAUGGUGCUUGCGCUGCGUUUGCGUGGCCGUUCCCAGCCAGAUCACCCCUCUCAUCGACCGCUUCAUCGAAGCCAUCGAGAAAAUGCGAACCUCUCCCGAUGCCAUCUCCGGUUACAGUGGCGCCCUAGCUGCCGUUCUCGGUGGAGUUCGCUUCUCGCCGCUGGGAAUUCCCCACACCCGGGGAAAGAUCAUCUUCAACACCGCCGAAGAACUGCUCCGCACUGCUAGCCAGAACAGUCGACUAUCCCUGAACAGAACGCAAGCCGGUUGGCUGCUCAUCGGCGCCAUCAUGACCCUAGGUGUCCCCGUAGUCAAAGGACUGCUCCCGCGAAUGUUGCUGCUCUGGCGGAAUGCGUUCCCACGUUCCACGAAGGAACUGGACUCGGAAAAGGCACGCGGCGAUGCGUUCACCUGGCAAGUCACGCUGGAGGGACGAGCCGGAGCCCUGUCGGUGAUGCAUAGCUUCUUGCUACACUGCCCGGAAUUGGUCACCGACGAUAUCACGAGACGGUUGCUGACUCCCAUCGAAAGUGCUCUGGCGAUGUUGAUCAACAUUACGUCGGUUCUGAAGAGCUACGGACAACAUCUAAAGGCUCCAACGGCUAUGGUUCGUUUACGUUUGUACGAAACGCUCUCCCUGCUACCGGCAAAUGCACUCGAAUCGUCCUACACACAUCUGCUACGCAUGCUAGUAUCCGAGUUCACGUUGACGGAGAAUCCAGCCAACACAACCACUUCCCUCUUGAGACAGAUGUGCCAUGCGGAUGAUUCUAUAAUUCUGGGAACAUGGCUGCAGGAAACUGACCAUCGCACAAUCGAAGAUCAGAUGGAACCGAAUCGUAAAGCUGACGGUGAAUAUCUUCAACCGAACAGCGCUGCCGGCUCGGGAGCUCUCGAACACGAUCCCUGCUGUUUGUACCGGGCAGUUUCCAGCGGAGAGCAAUGCCCUGGCCCUCUUCCUCUGGGUGUGGCGGUGAUUGAUAUGUCCGUGGCCCUAUUUGGCCUGAUCUUCCCGAAAGUGGCCAACAAGCACCGUUUGCAGAUGUUGGAGCACUUUGGCGAGUGUAUAAAACAUGCCAAGAGUUCGCGCCAGGAAGCGGUGCAGAUGAACAUUUUUACUGCGCUGUUGAGCGGUUUGAAGGGUUUAACAGAAACGAAAUCUAGUAUUGGACAGGAGGAAGUCAGAAAGAGUGCCACUAAUUUGAUUAUCAAUGCUUUGAUUUGCACAAAUCCUAUACUGCGAUGUGCAGCUGGAGAGGCACUGGGAAGAAUUGCACAAGUUGUUGGGGAUUCGCGCAUUACUGCUGAACUUGCACAGACCAGUUUCGAUAGGCUAAAGUCUGCCAGGGAUGUGGUGACAAGAACUGGGCAUUCUUUGGCAUUGGGUUGCCUGCAUCGAUACGUAGGUGGAAUGGGUUCGUCACAACACCUCAAUACGAGUGUUUCCAUAUUGUUGGCAUUGGCACAGGAUGGAAGCUCACCGGUCGUACAAGUUUGGUCGUUAUAUGCACUGUCGUUGAUUGCUGACUCCGGUGGGCCAAUGUUCCGAGGUUAUGUAGAACCAACGCUUUCUUUGGCGUUAAAAUUGCUGCUCUCAGUUCCUCAGUCGCACGUUGAUGUCCAUCAGUGUAUUGGACGAGUCCUGAGCGCCCUAAUCACUACGAUAGGUCCCGAACUGCAAAGCAAUGGUCAAUCCAUCAGUACUGCUAGAUCAUCAUUCCUCUGUGCGGCAGCGAUUAUGCAAGCCCACUCGGAUCCGUUGGUCCAGGCUGAAGCCACGGGAUGUCUACAGCAGCUACAUCUGUUUGCACCCCGCCAUGUCAAUUUAUCAACGUUGGUUCCUAAUCUGUGCCAAAAUCUGAGCAGUAACUAUCUGAUGCUCCGAAAAGCCGCCGUAUCAUGUCUUCGUCAAUUAACUACUCGUGAGGCCAAGGAAGUUUGUGAACAUGCAAUGACACUGGUAAGUGAUGAUGAUGGAUUCGCUUUGUCCGAUUAUGGACUGCCAGGUGUUUUAUUCGGUAUGCUGGAUACCGAAAGUGAUACGAUAAUGAUAAAGAACAUCCACGACACAAUAACAUCAAUGCUGCAAAUAUUGGCAGCAGACAAUCUUUCGCAGUGGUUGAGUAUGUGUAAGAACGUUCUUACUGUGGCAUCGGAAGCUGCGCUAACAGCUGGCCCAGCGGAAGCCGCUACCAUCAAAGAAGACGCAGAUGAUGCUGAAGAUGUCGAAGCAGAUGAUGACAACAUUGAGUUUCACGCUGAAGACAAUCAGGCGACUCAUCCAGCAGUUCAACCUCGAUGGCCAACGCGCGUUUUUGCCGCCGAAUGUGUGAGGAAGAUUAUAUCCACGUGCGAGAAUGCAAAUGCUGCACAUUUCGAUUUGUUGCUGGCUAAGGAGAUUCAAAUCACCAAAUCACGUGGCGAUUAUCUGGUGUUGCAUUUAUCCGAUCUCAUUCGUAUGGCUUUUAUGGCUGCCACAAGCGAUUCAGAUCAGUUGAGACUCGAAGGUUUGAAAACCUUGCAGGAGAUCAUUGACAAGUUUGCGAGAGUUCCUGAACCAGAAUUUCCUGGUCAUCUACUCCUAGAGCAGUUCCAAGCUCAAGUCGGAGCAGCAUUGAGACCAGCAUUCUCACAGGAUACGCCCUCUCAUGUUACGGCGGCUGCGUGUGAAGUCUGUUCGGCAUGGAUUGGUUCCGGAGUGGCAAGAGAUUUGAAUGACUUAAGACGUGUCCAUCAAUUGUUGGUAUCGAACCUAAGCAAACUCAACGAUAAAACCAACAGUACGAAACUGUACAAUGAAAGUAUGGCUACGCUAGAGAAAUUGAGCAUUUUGAAGGCAUGGGGCCAGGUCUACAUCAUGGCAAUGAUGGAUAACGGAACGGCUCCGUCAAGUAUGCUGUUGAAAUCUUUGCCUUCUUCGUCAACGACAAUUGCGGCACCAACAAACGAUAUGAACCGUCUCACGUUGGAAGAUGACUUCGGUGACUUUGAGAGUCGUGGCGAAAGUUUACUGUCGCUUGUGCAACCUGAGCUAGCUAAUCUCUCCACCCACUGGCUAUCUGCUCUUAAGGAUUAUGCUCUGCUGUCAUUACCAGCGGAAUACGCCAGUCAAUUGCCACACGAUGGCGGAGCUUUCUACACUAACGAUACGAUGAAUCUAUCCAAGCCGCAUUAUCUCACAUCUUGGCCACCUAUCCUGUAUGCUUCUGCCCUGUGGCUAAACUCCGAAGGUUUCUCCAAAACCGAAUCCGACGAAACCUCGAUCGAUAACGACGACAAAGUCAACGCUACUGAUCUUGCGAAUGGUAACAAAAUUGCCACGGAUAGAAUGCAUCCAAAUGAGUCUACGAUCAGCGGCACGGCAAGUGCCACCAUCUCCUAUGGCAGCGUAAGCGCCGAUCGUUUCCAUCUAGUGUUUGGCAUUUGCAUGGAAGCUCUUUGCAGUACGCGAACAAACGAAAAGCUCGAAAGCGUGAUCGCCUGCCUUCAAGCGCUCUACACGAUGUUCGAUUCCAAGUGGUCGCGCCAGAUGCUAACCAAGAACAAAUCUCUCCCAGUUGAACUGUGCAAUGUCCUACAUCGUCUAAUACUCACCAGAGACAGUCUGGAGGUGCAGUAUUUGUGCAUAUCGAUCCUGAAGCAAACCAUCGUUGCCGCGAAUGAAUGCUUGGAUUUGGAAAAACAAGAUAAAAUGGCAGAGUUCGAGAAUAAAACCGACAACGGUAAUGACGAGAACCGUGACAUUGAUAACCUCGGCGAGGGUGGAGAAGAAGGGGAAAUACUACCGGGCAAAUCGCACGUUUACGCCAUCUUAGAAGUAGUCCUGUGUCUUUUGGCCAGACAAAUCCCCGCUAUGAGUCCAUCACAAUCCGCUCGAGUGGCAAACGAGCAGCUUCAGCGUCAAAUAGCCCAGACCAAAAACGGUCUGUUCAAGCUUUCCGAAGACAAUAGUCUACUGGUAGCAACGGCCAUCAACUCUAUGACUGAUCUAACGAGACUCUGUUCACCUACAGGAGCCGUAUCAAUCCUUCCCACAAUGCUGUAUCUAACGACGGGAGUGAUCAAAGAAGUGGCAACGAAAUCGGUCAACGAUGAAACUAUUAUUGCCAAUUCCAAUAUCAUUCAAGCCGCACUGCAGCUGCUGAAAACUCUCGCCACCGAUCGAUAUAGCAAGCACGAUCUAUCCUCGAACGAGUGGCGAAAGUUACUCCAGAGUGCCCUCGGGAAGAUAAUCGAUCUCACCAAGACCGGAUGCGAUGAAACCAAACUGGAUGAGGUUACAAUGAUGCUGACGAUUGCAGUAUUUCUCCUACACACGCCAUCCUCGUUGGUAUCAGUACCAAAUUUACAGUAUCCUUGUAUAAACCACUUCCGUCAAUGCUUUCUGACCGGAUCGCCCAUGGUUCGGCUGAAGUGUGUCCAAACUAUGCGAUCGAUUUUCGUCAAUGCGGACUUGAAAGUGUCAACGCCAUACAUCCAUGCACUGGCUCCCAGAUUGAUUGAAACACUGUUCGCCGAAUCAAACCGGAUUCCCGCGAGCGAUAUGGAGCUGGCUAUCAUACUCGAAGGGAUAACAACUUUGGAAGCACUUAUCGCAUUGGCAGAACCCCAGAACCGCAUCCAAAUGUUGACUCUGCUGGUUCCGAUAUUGAUCAACUAUUUGCUAGACCCGGAUCAGUUCCGUUCCAAGCCUAAGCAGUGCGUCCAGCUUCACGAACACGCACUUCAGUGGCUCAUGAAGAUUGGACCGAAGUAUCCACAGGAGUUCAAGGCAUUUAUGGGACAGGCACCGGAACUACGCAUCAAACUGGAAACGGCCAUCAAACGCAAUCAGAUGAGUGCAAUCCAAGCGAAAAACAAAAGCGAAGCCGCCAACGCAGCAGCUCGGGCCAGUGCAACUCAACAGCAGAAACCUACAAUUCAAUUGAAGACCGACUUUAGCAACUUUAGCGCGACCUAGAUUUCGCCAAUCUACGCUUCAUAAUAGGUAAUAGGUAGAUCUGCGUUAAAAAAGAAUAAGACACUCGAUGGGGAUUUUUUUGAAAUUAACACGGUGAAAUAUGGGAAAUGGAUGUGAAUGAUUCUAGAAAAGUUUUAAAUGUUUUAUUGAAAUCGAUUCCGAAUCGAUUUGAAAGCAGAUUUAAAAAUUAACAUUUUAAAUUUUAGUAAAUUUAAACCGAAUUGAGUAUUAAGUAUACCAUUUAAUUUCUCUAGAGUUAGUAUCCUUAGACAGAUACACAUAUUUCGAACUCAACUUCAGUGUCGUGUAUUUUUGUCGAAGGAUACAAACUCUAGUGAAAUUAAAUUGUAUAGUGCUAAAUUCAGGUUUCAUUUACUUAUAGGUAUUCUACUAAACAGCUCGAAGAUUUUAGAUGUUAUCUAUUUGUUUUGAUUUGAUUGCAUUUUUCUUUUUUUUUAUUGAAUAUUUUCAGUUUCCAGGUUUAAUUAAUUUAAUUUAAUUUAAUAAUUUCACCACUUGUUUUGCCCAAACGGCUGUCUGCUAAGCGAGCGUUUCUGCUAAGCAUUAAACAUCGAGUGUGUUCUCCUUUUUAACGUGUAUCUCUUCAUAAUAUAACAAGAAUAAUGUAUGUUAACGCCCUUUAAUGAUGUAAUUGAAAAAUUUGAAUAAUAUCUCACAUAACAAUGAACCACUCACUAGUAGAAUAUUAUACUAUUGGCUGUUUAAUUUAAUUCAGGUCAUUUAAAUGCCUCUAUUAGUGAAACAAAAAAAAAUGUGUAGAAACUUAUUUACAUUCUAAUAUAACGAAAAUGUUAAUAUCUGUAUAAUUUACUGAAUAAAAAAGUAUUACUAUCAUUACUCA